AAUAAACGCAGCGAACAGCACACGUUGGCUUCUCGGGGGAACGGAGACAUUAAGGGGAGUGUGAAAUUCCCUCUUCCCCUCAGCUGCUGACGCGGAUGGGGUCUAUGUGUGGAGCGACGCCGCUGACAAUCGAAAUCCAGUCCAACCAUGUUAUCUUGGAUUAUAACUAUUUUGACGAUACUUGCGGUAGCACAAUGUUACUUUACAGAGGAAAAUUAUACCGAAGAGUCACAAAUGCAGCCGCCCACGCUCGUAAUAGCUAUAAUCGCACGUAACGCCGCUCAUUCUUUACCAUACUUCCUCGGAGCUCUGGAGAGAUUAAACUAUCCCAAAAAGCGCAUCUCUAUAUGGGCAGCGACAGACCACAACAUUGACAACACAACAGCAGUCCUUCGAGAGUGGCUCACCAUCAUGCAAACACAAUAUCACUACGUCGAGUGGAGACCUAUGGAUAAACCCACGUCCUAUGCAGGUGAGCUGGGGCCUAAGCACUGGACUAAUGGCCGUUAUGAGUAUAUUAUGAAGCUCAAACAGGCAGCGAAGAACUUUGCAUUGAAACGCUGGGCUGACUACAUUCUGUAUUCAGACACAGAUAAUAUCCUGACCAAUCCUGACACACUGCACCUCCUCAUGGCGGAGAAUAAGUCUGUUAUUGCCCCCAUGCUGGACUCACAGUCAGCAUACUCCAACUACUGGUGUGGCAUCACUCCACAGGGUUACUACCGUCGUACUGCAGAAUAUUUUCCCACAAAACACCGUAAGAAGCUGGGCUGCUACCCUGUGCCGAUGGUUCACUCAACUAUUCUGCUGGACCUCCGCAAAGAGGGCACCAAGAAACUGGCCUUCCACCCUCCUCACAAAGACUACUCCUGGCCCUUUGAUGACAUCAUUGUUUUUGCCUUCUCUUGCAGAAUAUCCGAGGUUCAGAUGUACCUGUGCAACAAAGAGCGUUAUGGGUAUCUGAACAUACCUGCAAAGCCUCAUCAGACAGUGGAGGACGAUCGAAUCAAUUUUGUCCAACUGUAUCUGGAAUCUUUGAUCAAUGGGCCACCCAUGUACGUCUCUCGCCAUGUCCAUGUUCCUCCCAAACAGCCAGACCUCAUGAACUUUGAUGAGAUUUACUUGGUAAACCUGCGCAGGCGUCCAGACAGAAGGAAUAGGAUGUUGUGGUCACUGUAUGAACUAGAGAUUGAUGCAAAAGUAGUGGAUGCUGUAGAUGGGGCAGCUCUGAACAGUAGUGAUAUUAAGAUUCUAGGCGUUGAUCUCUUACCUGGUUACUACGAUCCCUUUUCUGGCCGCACACUGACCAAGGGAGAGGUGGGCUGCUUCCUGAGCCACUACUAUAUCUGGAAAGAGAUGGUAGACAUGCAGCUUGAUAAGGCACUGAUCUUUGAGGAUGAUGUACGUUUCCAAGCCAAUUUCAAACGACGUCUGAUGCGGCUGAUGGAAGAGGUCAAGCAGGUUGAGCUGGACUGGGACAUCAUAUACUUGGGCAGGAAGCAAGUGAACCCUGGAGAGGAGGUUGCAGUGGAGAAUGUGAGGAACCUGGUGUAUGCUGAUUACUCGUACUGGACUCUGUCUUAUGCCAUCAGUCUCCAGGGAGCUCAGAAGAUGCUAAAUGCUGAACCGCUAUCUAAGAUGCUUCCAGUUGACGAGUUUCUUCCCAUCAUGUAUGACAAACACCCCAAUGAGGACUACAAAUCCCACUUCCCCAACCGGAAUCUGGUGGCGUAUUCCACAAACCCCCUUCUCGUUCAGCCCUGUCACUAUGCGGGGGAUCCUGAGUGGGUGAGCGACACGGAGACGUCUACGCUGUGGGAUGAUGACAAUGUGCGCACAGAGUGGAGGGGGUCACAUAAAACUCUCAAGGGAUCCCAGCCACCAACCGGUAUGCAGAGCGCCACCUACAAAGACGAGUUGUGAAAUAUUGUCCAAAAGUCCCAUUAGUUGCCAUUUUCUAAGAGUGGAGAGAUCAGAAUGAGUGAGCAGCUCUUUAUAAAGGCUAAUGUUACUCAAUAUGGAGAACUCAAUGCUGUGGACGAAACAAGGAAGACCUGGGGCCAAAACUGAGAACCUUUACAACAGAGUGCAAGGGAAGCUUGAUCAUUCCUUUAAAUUUGGCCACAAUGAAAGAGAGAUGUUAUAUGUUCGGAAUGGAAAGCUAUCUUACUACUUACUAAAUCCUGUGCAGUUUACACUAUACUGCCUACUACUUUGGAAUGGUAUUUAUUAUUCCAUGAUAAUUCCAUUUCGAUGCAGAAAACGUGCAUACCGUGCAAAGUAUACAUACAGGUAACUGUAGAAAUAGUAAGAGUAGUAUGUUAAAAUGCUAUUCCAAACAUAGCCUGUGUUUGACCGGAGGGUAUCUGUCAAUCAUUUGGAACUUUUUGGGGGUAUUUCCUAUUUAUUUUUUAAUUUUACUCAUUUAAUAAGAAUGGAUUAAGCUUCAUGCAAAAGUGGCAAAGCAUAGUUUUUAUUGUAUGGUUUUCCCCAAAACUUAACAAUUGUCUAUGAUUAUGACUAUCAUGCUCAGAAAUCGAACAAACAGAGCUUAGAUUAGUUUAUUUGCAUUGUUUGUAUGUAUGAUUUAUGUGUUGUUCUGGCAUUUAUUGUGCAUGUAUGCUGUUUACAUUUUUGUUCUUAGAUUUUCUUAUUUAUUUCUCUUCACUGUCUUAUUCCUUUUCUGUGCCCCUCCAUAAUGAACAGCAAGACCAAUUUAUAUGACAUGACAAGACUGUGUAUGGCAGUUUUGUUAAAUGCUGUUUUUUUUUCAAUUAAAUGUUGAAGAAAAAUAAAAAAGCUGGAUCUCGA